ACUGACAGUGUGUUGGUGAUGUAAGAAAUAUGGCCGCAAGCCAUGUCAUCGUUUUAGUGUUAUUUUAUAAAUAAUAUCUCAAAACCUUCAGCUUCAAGCAAAACUCGCUCGAUAUCGGUUCCAAAUCACCAUCAACGCCAUGGAGAACGUAUUUAGUUUUUGGAGAGUCCGUGAAUUAGCGGAUAAAGUCACAAAUGUUGUUAUGAAUUACACUGAUGUUGAAGCUAAAGUUCGAGAAGCCACUAAUGAUGAAGCAUGGGGCCCAACUGGGCAAAUUAUGCAAGAACUCGCACACUCCACAUUCACUUAUGAACAUUUUCCGGAAGUUAUGUCUAUGUUAUGGAAACGAAUGUUACAAGAUAAUAAACAACAUUGGAGAAGAACUUAUAAGUCUUUAUUAGUGUUAAAUUACUUAAUAAAAAAUGGCUCGGAACGUGUUGUAACAUCAGCAAGAGAACAUAUCUACGAUUUAAGAACUUUAGAAAAUUACACUUGCAUAGAUGAAUUAGGCAAGGACCAAGGAAUUAAUAUUAGGCACAAAGUACGCGAAUUGAUUGAUUUUAUACAAGAUGAUGAUAAGCUUAGAGAAGAAAGGAAGAAAGCUAAGAAAAACAAGGAUAAAUACAUUGGAAUGAGCUCCGAUAUGAUGACGUCUGGAUUUAGUUCAGAACGUUGGGAUAUGUUUGGCGAACGUGAACGAGAUUAUGAGAACAACUCAACGUCUACUACAACUACAGGAAGGCAAUAUCGCGAUCGUUCCUACGACGAAGAUUACGAAAACGAUGAAAAUAAUAGCGACCUUGAAUCGAAUCAUAACAAUCGCGGUGGUUAUCGCGAUGCCGGUUUCGAUUCCAACAGUCCUCGGCACCAAGAUAAAAAAGUUAAUGUCACCUUAAACCCAAACAUUGCUAAAUCACCAAUUAAAACCCCAAAACAAAUUAAACAAGUCGAUUUGGGGGCAGCUGCAAAUUACGCCGCCACAAAUACAAACGCCAAUUUUAAUAAUUCAACUUCCAAUCUGAGUGUGCAGUCUCCACAACCUCAAAGUGGUAGUGGUGACGGUUUAGGGGAUUUAUUGAAAGAUGAUUUUGAUCCGAGAGCUGGGGAAAGCGACUCAGUUACAAAAAAUGAGGAUGAUUUCGCGGAUUUUAGUUCGGCUUUUGGACCGGGUGGGGGAAUUAAUGCUGGAAUAAGCAAUGAUUUGAUUACUCAAAGUGAUAAUUUAUUGGGUGGAGUUGGAAAUUCAUCGGAUAUUGAUUUAUUUAGUACUGCUCCUAAUAGUAGUAACAUAGUUAUUCCUUCAGCUAUAAAUUCUGGUAUGACAAAUAGUGAUUUGUUGGGCGAUCUUGGAUUUGGUGGAUUAAGUAUGCAACCACCUUCGCAAAUUUCUGGAGGAUUUCCAAAUAUGAAUGGAAAUAAUUUGGGAGGCGAUAACCUCAUGGAUAACUUUAAAGAAUCCGUCUCGAUUCGUUUCGCCGCGAGUGAAGUGCCAUGGUUGAAAACGUACAAAGAAGACUUAAGAAAUCAACAGGAACAAUCCGUAAAGAGUUUAUCGAUCAUCACUAAGAGUUUAAUCGAAGAUUUAAUUAAUCAAAAAGUUACAAUAUUUCUCCAAGAAGAUUUUAAUAAAAAACUUAAUAAAUUCGAAGAACAAUUCCGAUUAACAAAACAAUUUUUGGGCGAUAUAAAGUCGUUGAGUGAAUGUCCGGAAUACGAAAAUUAUGUAACUUUAUUAAUUCCAAGGUUCGUGGAAGUUUCGAUGGAACGUUUCGUUCCGAUUCGAUGGAUUUUCGAAGAAUUCAACGAUCGGUUUAUUAUUGAGCAAACAUUUUUGAGUGUUGUAACGAAGAUGAUGAAGGAAAUUGAUGGGGCGAAAUAUUUUAACAUUUAUAAAAGCGAUUUGAAGGAAAUUAUAAAAUCGAAAUUGUUUUUUGAGACUUUUUUAAUGUAUUGGAUUGAUUGCGGUGAAGUGGAUGUUGUUAAAGAAGAUUUGACUUUGAAAUAUAGAGAUUUAGCGCAGAUUUUUGUUACUUUACCAACGCGGAUUUGUAAUUUGCUUAAAAAUGGGAAUUUCGAUGAAUUUUUUGGGGCUGAUUCAUUCGGAAAAUUGGUUGUGAGGUUUUUUAUUUGUUUAAUUGCUGUUUCUUCGAGGGUUAAUAAUAUAAACAUUGAUUUUGAAAGAAUUGCGGUUCUUUUCGACAAGAUUUUUGUCCAAUAUCGAAAUGAUUGCAGCAAAAAUUUAUUGCUCACUUUAAAUUAUUUAUCCAAAAACGAUGUUGAAGUUAAACACGUUUUGGAUCAAAUGUUUUGUUGCAAAAUCUCGAAAUCUUCGCUUGAAUACUUUUUAACAACGACUUUAUCACUACCAAUUGAUGUUUCUAACUUUUUACCCAUCGAUAUGUUAAAAAAUUCAAGCUGUAAUUAUAUUUUGUGCACAAAACUUCCUUUAUUAACUAAUUUCACUCCAAAGUCGAAUCUAUUUAUUUAUAACUUGAUUAGUUUGAUUUCAAAAAGUUCCGAAUUACUCAAAUUAAUAACUCAUUUACUGGGCAUUUGGGGAAGUAAAUCGUCGAUUAACCGAACAAGUGUUGAACAACAUUUAUUUAUAACGAAAAUAUUAAUUGUAUCAAUCAAAACUUGGGUUGAAAUCGGCGGAGAUAAAGAAAAAUUGAACGAUUUUAAACGUCAAAUUAAUUCGGGGAUUCCAACACAUUUACAAAGCCCAAUUGAAAGUGUUCGCAGCAUUGGAACUAUAACCGGGGAUGUUGUAUUGAAUAUAAAUAACGAAAAUGAUCAAAAAAUUAUUCUCCAUCACCCCAAAGAUAAUGACGAAAUGUUAAAUGAGUUGAGCCAGCUUAAAAGUGUUUCUGGAUCUCUUGCGGUACAAGAAAUUGAUAUAAAAAAGGUUAUUGAUGAAUUAAAAGGCUUAAAAGAGGUUAAUAAAAAUAAAGUUGUUGAUAAAAACACAACAAAAAUUGAAGAAACGAAUUCGAUAACAGCACACACUUUAAAUAAAAAAUCCUCCAUCAUAAAAAUAAUCGAUUCAAACGAUUUUGAUUUAGAUUCCGACGAUGAUUUGAUCCCAUACGAUACAUCAAACGACAAAAAAACGCAAAAAGAUCCCCCCAAAUUUAUAUAUUCCCUCGCAAGGCAUAUCUCAACCACCAACGACCCGGAAUAUUUCAUAACCUGUAUAGAAAAUGCCGAAGAAAUUAUUGAAAAUCAAUUAAAAAACGUCGACGUUGAAAUCGGAUUAGAACUUUUAGAUGUUUUAAUAAACCUAUCUCCAAGAUUUUACGUUGAAAAUUUUCAAGAAUUAAUUUUUAAAGCUUCGAUAAAAAUCGUUUCAACAACACCUAAAAUAUACGCGCCUUAUUUAAUAAAAGAAUUUUUUAGUGAACCCGGAAACUAUUCUAUAUCAAAUCGAGUGUUUAUCUUGGAAAUUUUUGUCGGUGCUGUUCAAAAUCUUUCAGCGUCAAAUAAAACAAAAAAAGGAAAUUCCAAUUCAAAAUCAACCGAAUUAAUUGAAUCUUCACAAGAAAUUAUUCGAAAACGAUUAGAAUCGAAAACGCGACGUUUUAAAACUUCAAAACCCCAAAUUGGAACGAAAAAUUUAUUUAACGAACAAGCUAAACACUUUUUUGACCCAUUAAUUAAUGGGUUAAUGACGAAAACAUCUCCGAUUACUUUAUCUGUACCCCAAGAUGGCGAUUACAUCCUUUUGAUCCAAUUACUACAUAGUUUAGCAGUAAUUACAUUUAAUUCUCAUAAUUGCAUCAUCGCGAAUACGUUUGGAAAUAAAAUCUUUUACGUUUGUUGGAUGUUAAAGUAUCAUAAGGAACCUAAAGUGAGAACGGAAGUGGUUAAGUUACUGGGUGCGGCGAUUUUCGCCAUUCCAAAAUCAAUUUUAAUGGAAGAAUUUUUGGGACAACUAUUUGAAAUACGUUCGUGGUUAAUUGAAAGAUUAUCGGCAAAUGUACAGCGUGGGGAACCAAAUUCUGAAUGUCGAGAGGUUUCUGAGGAGUUGUUAAUGAUGAUUAAUUGGAUCUUAAAGGAAAAUAGUAGUAUUUCAUAAAAUAAAUUUCUUUAAUUAAAGAAAGGUUAUAAAUAAUAUAGAUUAUGUUCUAAAAUUACUUUUGAGGUUAAGAUACUUUUAAGAUUUUUUUUAUGUUUAAAAUGAAAUAAAAUGAUUAUUUUUCAACAAA